UUUUAGAUAAAUGGUGAAAGUUUAAUUCAUUCUUUGGCAUCUGGUAGAUGGUUCAAUUCCUGCCAUCAAAUUAGCUACAUACAGGCGGCGCUUAAACUCAGGAAGUGAGGUAGAGAAUCUGACAGGCUAGUCAAGAGGGGAAAAAUUCACAGAAGUUUUCUUCACUUAGAAGGAAUAUGGGCUCUGAAUUUUCAUGCAUGAUCAAAGAAGCAAAAGUCCUUGGAUUAGCACUUGGGAUUCCGUGCUUAGAUGGGAUCGAAGAAGCUGAAGCACAAUGUGCAUUAUUAAACAUAGAAUCCUUAUGUGAUGGGUGUUUCUCUUCUGAUUCAGAUAUCUUCCUUUUUGGCGCAAGAACAGUGUACAGAGACAUUUGCCUUGGGGAAGGAGGUCAUGUUGUUUGCUAUGAAAUGGCUGAUAUAGAGCAAAAACUUGGAUUUGGAAGGAACUCCUUGAUUUCUCUGGCCCUUCUUCUUGGCAGUGAUUACUCUCAGGGUGUUCAUGGUCUGGGUCCGGGGUCAGCAUGCCAGAUUGUUAAAUCAGUUGGAGACCAUGAUAUUCUUCAAAAAGUUGCAUCAGAAGGACUGUCUUUUGCGAGGAAGACAAAAAGUUCAAAAAAACAGGGUCAAGACAAGUGCAAUGACAAGGCAAUCACAUUGCAUCAUGAAGUGAGCACGAAUGGAAGCAAUCAUAAUUUACAAAGAGAUAAUCAGUAUUUGCAAGUGGUGGAAGCAUAUAUGAAGCCCAAGUGCCACUCAGCAGAUUCUGAUGUAGUCAAUAGGGUUCUUGUGCAGCAUCCAUUUCAGCGCGAGCUACUUCAACAGCUAUGUGCUCAGUACUUUGAGUGGCCUCCUGAGAAAACAGUCAUCUCAUGGUGUAUCAAUUGCUUAGAUGAGUACAUCCUUCCUAAGAUUGCUGAAAGAGAUUUACGACGGUUUGCCAAGUUGCGGUCAGCUUCGUCUCAAUUAGGUGUUAACAUUCCAUUGAAGGAGAUACCAGUCAAGUGUCCUGUAUCAGUAAUUAUUAAGCGCCGAAAAGUUCAUGGAGAAGACUGUUUCGAGGUGUCGUGGGAAGAGCUAGAUGGAGUCAAAACCUCUGUAAUUUCAGCAGAUCUCAUAAAGAGUGCUUGUCCUGAAAAGAUCACUGAGUUUGUUGACAGAAGAGCUCUAGAGAAGAAACAUCAUCGUAAAUCAAGACCAAAGAAAUCAGAACAAAAAUGUUCUGUGGCUGAAAUAGAUCUGAAACUCCAAGAUCUGUUGCUUGACAUCGAGUUAGGAAGCAAGUCCAUUCCCAUUGCUUCAAGAGAAGUUAUAUCAGGCAAAAGGACCAUGGCAACUGAGGGUCAUUCCAUAAACCUAGAUCCUGAGGUUAUUUUGGAGUCAGAAGGCAAUGCUGAUUGCAAAGCUGCAACGUUAUGCCCACAAACUGGUAUGACUGCUCCAAAGCAUGAAGUUAUUGAUCUUUUGAGCCCCCCUCCGCUAGUGCAGUCCCAGAAUGUUCCCAGAUCUACUGACAUUAGUGUAAUUGAUUUGAGUGACUCAGAAACUGAGAGGUCAGCUGAACAUGUGAAGAAAGCAAGAGAGCUUAGAUUGUUUCUGGCCAGUAUUCGAGAUGAUAUUCAUUGAAUGAGCCACUUAGGACUCUGUAGAUAGACAACUCUGACGCAUGCUUUUUAUUGUAAUAUGCCAGAGGUGCUUCUCUGUUGUUUAACGUUUGUCUUCUACUGUGUUAUUAAUGUGAAUCUUGUUUGUCAUGGAAAAUAUUUUAUAGCUAUGGACCUUUGCUACAGCACAGUUUUA